CUUAGUACGUUGGCGUCCGUGCAGUACACUGUAUUCAUGAGGAUGUUAAGAGAAAGAUACGAAAUCACCAACAUUUUGUUUAAAAAUUGUAUGGAUGACAGCAAAGCCAAUACCCAAUGCAGGUAUCCAAGGGAAAUAGACCGGUUAUUAAGAGAACUGCGGUGCCUAACCAACGAAGUUAAGACGCAUUACUCCGCCAAUGCCUUAUGUUUCGUCGUCGAAUCUGCUGCAAUACUCGUAACUAGUGUAACGGUAUUAGCAGUCAAUUUUAUCUACACGCCAAGUCGGGUAGUCGAUUACAAGGUGUUCAUCAUUACUGUUUCACGCUUAAUAAUGUUUUUCCUUUUCAUUCAAGAGGCACACAGUACACUAAAACCGGCCAAACAAACAGUACUCAUUGCACACGAAGCGCUCACAAGAACUAACAAUGCGAUUAUUUCGAAAGAAUUGGAUACGUUAAUAUUGAACUGUUGGAAUCACCCCAUUGUAUUAGAUGUACAUAAUUUGUUUGAAUUGGACUAUCAACUUAUUCAUUCAAUAUUCGCAGCAGUAGUUACUUACACAGUUGUGUUUGUACAAAUUCAAUUGGCAUUUUUCGAACGUGCAACCAAAACAAACCAUACGAUUGUAUUAAAUUAA